AUGAUCUCGCAGGUCUUCAUCCUGUCCUCGAAGGGGGACCACCUCAUCUACAAGGACUACCGCGGCGAGGCCGAGAACGAUGUGAUCAACGUUUUCUACGACAAGGUGACCGCGCUGACCGGAGACCAGCCUCCCGUCGUCAUGACUCACAAAGAUCUGCACUUCGUCCACGUCAGGCAGGGAGGGCUCUACUGGGUCGCCACAACGACGGCCGACUCCUCGCCGUUCACCAUCAUCGAGUUCCUGAACAGGUUGACGGCUCUGGUCAAAGAUUACUGCGGCAGCAUCUCAGAGAAGUCGGUCCAGAUGAACUUUGCCCUGAUCCACGAGCUGCUGGACGAGGUUCUGGACUACGGUUACGUCCAGACAACGUCCUCAGAUGUCCUGAAGAACUUCAUCCAGACCGAAGCGGUUUCGUCUCGCCCCUUCAGCCUUUUUGACCUCAGCAAUGUUGGACUGUUUGGAGCAGAAACACAACAGAGUAAAGUAGCUCCGAGUUCUGCAGCCACCAGACCGAUCCAGUCCAGCAGGGAGCCGGGAGGGAAGAGCGAGAUCUUUGUGGACGUGAUUGAAAGGAUGUCCGUCGUCAUCGGCUGCAACGGGGUUGUGAUGAAGACAGACGUGGAAGGAGAGAUCAGAGUGAAGUGCUACAUGCCGAGCUGCUCAGAGAUGAGAAUCGGACUGAAUGAAGAGUUCAGCAUUGGGAAGUCUCAGCUGCGAGGUUACGGCGCUGCCGUUCGGGUCGAUGCGUGCAGCUUCCAUCAGACGGUCCGACUGGACGAGUUCGACAACCAUCGGAUCCUCCGGCUCUGCCCGAGUCAGGGCGAGCAAACGGUGAUGACGUACCAGCUGAGCGACGACCUGCCGGCACCUCCUCCUUUCCGUCUCUUUCCCUCUAUCGAGAGAGACGCUGCAGGAAGGCUGCUGAUGUUCAUGAAGCUGCGCUGUGAUCUGCCACCAAAGAGCGCUGCCAUCAACCUGUGUGCCUCGGUGCCGGUCCCCAAAGGCUCGCUGAGUUUGUCCCAGGAGCUCAGCAGUCCGGACCAGAGUGCCGAGCUGAGACUGCAGAGCAGAUCCGUGGUCUGGCAGAUCCCUCGGUUCACCGGAGGAACUCAGCUGUCUGCUCUGUUCAAGCUGGAGGUUCCUGGUCUCAGCUCGGCCUCCAUGUUGGAGGUCGGCCCGGUGGGUCUGAGCUUCGAGCUGCCAAAGUACACGGCCACCGGGCUGCAGAUCCGCUUCCUCCGCCUGUCCCCGAUCCAGCCCAGCCCGUCUCAGCGCUGGGUCCGAUACGUGACCCACUCAGACUCCUACAUCCUCCGGAUCUGAUCAGCAGGAAGCAGC